AUGUCCCUACAGAUGAUAACAGUGAAUAACAAUGCCUCCUUAAUCCAACCGGGUUUCUCUUUGAUGAAUUUUGAAGGACAAGUUUUUUUCUUUGGGCAAAAGGGAUGGCCCAAGAGGUCUUGUCCCACUGGCAUUUUUCUCUUCGAUUUCAAACAGAACCAACUCAAACUGAAGCCUGCUCUUUUCUCAAAGGAUUCCUGCUACCUCCCCCCUCUUCGAUACCCCGCUACCUGCACCUUCCAAGGUAGCCUCGAGUUGAAGAAAGAGCAAUACAUCAUCCAUGGAGGAAAAACCCCAAAUAAUGAACUCUCAGAUAAGAUUUACAUCAUUAGUGCCACCUGCAAAAGCAACAAGAAAGUGACUUUUUGUUGUACAGAAAAAGAAUUAGUUGGAGAUAUUCCAGAGGCAAGAUACGGCCACACCAUUGAUGUGGUCUAUAGCCGAGGAAAAAGCAGGUGUGUCAUCUUUGGAGGUCGGUCCUAUAUGCCAUCUGCCCAGAGGACUACAGAAAAAUGGAACAGUGUCGUCGACUGCUCUCCACACGUCUUCUUAAUAGAUCUGGAAUUUGGAUGCUCUACCUCCUACAGCUUCCCAGAGCUCCAGGACGGGCUCUCCUUUCAUGUCUCCAUCGCUAGAAACGACACCCUUUACAUCAUGGGGGGCCACUCUCUCUCUAAUAAUAGCCGACCACCCAGCCUGUACCGACUGAAGGUGGAUCUGCCACUCGGGAGCCCAGAGGUGAGUUGCACCGUCUUACCAGGAGGAAUCUCAAUCUCCAGUGCCAUCCUGACUCAAACCAAAAGCAAUGAGUUUGUCAUCGUGGGCGGCUACCAGCUUGAAAACCAGAAAAGGAUGGUCUGCAAUAUCAUCACCGUAGAAGACAACAAGAUUGAGAUCCAAGAUAUGGAGACCCCAGAUUGGACCCCUGACAUUAAACACAGCAAAUUAUGGUUUGGAAGCAGCAUGGGGAACGGGACCGUUUUUCUUGGUAUACCAGGGGACAAUAGGCAAACUAUUUCAGAUGCCCACUACUUCUACCUCUUGAAGUGUGGUGGAGAAGAUGUAAUGGCAGAAGAACAGGCGACACUCUCCUGUAGUCAAGCAUCAACAGAAGAUCCAGGAGACUCCACUCCCUUCGAAGACUCAGAAGAAUUCUGUUUCAGUGCAGAAAUCACCAGCUUUGAUGGGGACAGUGAUAUUGACACCUAUAAUGAAGAUGAUGAAGAAGAUGAAUCAGAAACAGGCUAUUGGAUCAUCUGCUGCCCCACCUGUGAUGUUGACAUUAACACCUGGGUACCCUUCUAUUCCACCGAACUCAACAAACCUGCUAUGAUCUACUGUUCUCACGGAGAUGGCCACUGGGUCCAUGCCAAGUGUAUGAACUUAGCUGAACAGUUACUAAUUCAUCUCUCAAAAGGAAGCAGUAAAUAUUUCUGCAAUGAGCAUGUGGAGAUAGCGAGGGGCCUGCAAACACCAAAAAAGAUUCUACCUUUAAAAAGGACCCCAUUGAAAAUCCACAAAAAGGCUCCAGUGAAAAUAAUCACUCCAGCCAAGAAAUCAUUUUUUAGAAAGUUAUUUGAUUAG